GACGGACAGAGAUCACACACUUUAACAAAGACAGCAUAGAGACGAUGUGCAGGAGUUCAGACCGUUACAGUCUAUUGUUUUAAGUGGAAAGUCUUUCCUCAAGGAUUGUUCUUCGUCUUCGAAAACCCUUUUCUGGCUCCAAUGCAGCCAGCAGAGUAAAAAGUGCUCAUUAGAAGUAGAGUCAGCGACAGCCUGUGACUAUGUCCAGGUCUGAGGGAGCAUUCAGAGAGCAGCCGGAGCAGGUUCACCACAGAUACCAGCGCUGAAUUCAUUCUGUACAGUCUGCAGCCUCUUCAUCCUCUGCCUCCUCUUCCUCUCCUCUUUCCAGCUGCAACUUCAGCUCCUGCAGCAAAGGAACAUAAUCAAAUCCUCAACUAGUCCGGCGUCCGGCUCUUCCACAAAAAUCUGCGGCAGUCUCAGUUGUCGCCAUGGCGUCCGCCGCUCUGGAGCUGAUGGGCUUCUUCCUGGGCCUGUUUGGGAUGCUGGGCACCAUGGUGGCCACCGUCCUCCCCUACUGGCAGAUCUCCGCCCACAUCGGCUCCAACAUCGUCACGGCGGUGGCCAACAUGCGCGGCCUGUGGAUGGAGUGCGUCUUCCAGAGCACCGGCGCCUUCCAGUGCGAGACCUACAACUCCAUGCUGGCCCUGUCCUCCGACCUGCAGGCCUCCAGGGCGCUCAUGGUCAUCUCCCUCGUGCUGUCCAUACUCGCCAUCGCCAUGGCGGCCCUCGGGAUGCAGUGCACGCUCUGCUUGGAGGGCGCCGGCGCUGUAAAGAGUCGCGUUGCCGGCGCCAGCGGGGGGUUGUUCCUCACCGCAGGCUUCCUGUCACUCAUACCGGUGGCGUGGACCACACACGAGGUGGUCCAGACCUUCUACCGACCCAGCGUGCCUUCCAGCAUGAAGUUUGAGCUGGGCGAGUGUCUGUACGUCGGUUUGGCGUCCUCGCUCAUCUCCAUGCUGGGAGGGGCGAUGCUGUGCGUGUCGUGCUGCGAGGAGCAGGACGGCGGCCGCGGGCGACGGCACGCCGGAGGCUACCCGUACCCGGUGGGAGGCGGCGUGGGAGGCGCAGGGAUACGGACGACCUCGCAGACCUACCACAACCCCACGCUGCAGGCGGCGGCCAGCAGGGGGCAGAUGCUGGUCCGCAGUACCAGCCACGGCUCCCAGUCCACCGCGCAGGGAGUCCAGGGCGCCAAGAAGCCCGCCGCGCCAGGAUAUGACAUCACAGGAUACGUCUGAGGUUACCGUCACUCCAUCACACCUUUAAAUGGUCGACAACUUACGUUUAUUUAUGUAUUUAAUCAAAUGUUGUCACAAUACUUUGAAGGAGCAACGGGACAACAAACGAGUCAACUUGUCACAGUGUGUCUUUUUUACACCCUUGUGCCUCACUAGGGACAUUUUUCUCUGUUUUGUUUGUUUGACAUGGGUGUAGUUAUUAUUAUUAUGUUUUAUGUGUAGCCAAAAUACAGACAAAACAAUCAGCAUUGAAACUAAUUAAAACCACAAUGUUUGAUCCCACCACCAUCACAACAUAAAAUCAUGCAUUCUAUUAUAUCAAGCUCUCAAUCUAGAAUCAAAAUGUUUAUUUUAUACUAUUUUCCACCUGAUUUUGCCAGUUUCUUAUGUUUGAUGGUGCAAAUACAUGUCAUUUUCCUGGUUUCCUGCACAAAAAGGUUGAAAGAAAUUGCAUCAAAAUCAAUGUUGUUGCUAAUCUUUGACUUUCACACAAGUUUUGUCUAUUUUAUAAAACACAACAGUGGUAUUUUGUUAACAAAAUGGCAUUUAAAGGAUUAGAAUUCUGAAAAUGAAAGAAUAUAUGGUAGUUAUGAUCAGGACUGAUGCUUGUUAAAGAUUUAACUUAAACUAUGAUAUCUUUCUGGCAGUUUUUGAAGUUUUUGUCAUUGAAUCAGUGAGGCACAAGGGUUAAGCUUCUUCAAAAGUUUUGUUGAAUAAAGUGGAAUUGUGGCAUUUUCAGUGGAGAACAUUUAACAGUCAGACUUUUUUUACUCUCUUUUCUCUGUAAAUGUUUGAGCUUCUGGAAGGAUGUCACACUUUUUAUUUACCCUCAUCGCAACUCGUUUGUUGUAAAGAAAAGUCAAACACACAGUUGUGUUGAUCACGUUGUUUAUCAUUUUCAUAAAGCUUUGCUGUCUCUGUUUGUGAUAACCAGGAGGUUUGUGUAUUUGAGAAUCCUCCCACUGAUUCUAUUCCUGUUUUAAAAUGUUGUUUUAAUGCAAAGUACAAAGUGCCAAAUGUUCUGAUUGGAGGGAUACAGUUUUGUACAAACCUUAAAUACAUUUACAAUGAUCCAUGUUACAUCGCAGCUGUUUUCUUUCUUUAUACAAAGCAGACCAAUGCAUUGACUGUUUUUACUGCAUGAUACGUGCAGACUUUGACUAUUUUAUUCAAAUUGUAUUGUGUAAAAUUGAAUGGUUCCUGGAAACAUGUCAUGAAUUAAUUUGGUAAUUCGGCUUGACAAAAUCAAUAAAGACUGGCAGCUCGACUAGGACGUCUACACCAUUGACUCGUGACCUUCAUAGACUUGAAUAUACUUCAUAACUUCCCUUAAAAGUAUGUUUUAAAAAGAAUGUGCCAUGGAUCAAGUCCCCAGAUCCACCAAAAAAAAGCUUGACUCAGGACUUGUCUUUCUUGACUUGGGACGGGACUUGGGCUUUAGCUGUCUUGACUUAGAACUUGACUUGAGACUUGUCUUGACUUGACAUGGGACAUGACUUGGGACGUAUAUGUCUUGUCUUGGAACUUGACCCGAGGCUUGUCUGUCUCAAAUUGGGACUUGACUCUGGACUUGCCUGUCUGGUCUCGGGACUUAACUCAGGACUUGCUUGUCUUGACUUGGAACUUGACUCGGAACAUGCACGUCUUGACUUAGAAUUCGACUUAAAAAGUCUUGUCUUGACUUGACUUGGGACAUGACUUGGGACUCAUAUGUCUUGACUUGGAACUGAGGCUUAUCUGUCUCCAAUUGGGAGUUGACUCUGGGCGUGUCUGUCUUGACUAAGGACUUGACUCAAGUCUUUUCUGUCUUGAAUUUUGACUUGACCCAGACUUGUCUGUCUAGACUAGGGACUUGAUUCAGGACCUGUCUGUCGUGACUAGGGAUUGUUCUAUGGACUUGUUUGUCUUGACUUGGGACUUGACUCAAGACUUGUCUCUCCUGACUUGGGACUUGAUUUUAUCAGCCGUGGGUAUCAGUUUUCCUUCCCUGCUCUGGAACUUUUACCAGUCUGAAGAUCUAUUCACCUUCAGUCAGCCUUAUGGAGUCACUGUGCUUGAUGUGUUUUACUAUAUCGAAUAAAUCAAUCUUUCAUUGUGA